CACACGAUGACCUCUGUAUACCGCUCCGCAGGUUUCGACUUUUCGAACCAAGUGAGGAAUGACUUCUUACAGGGAAAGGGCGUGAAGGUGCCGAAAGCUACGAGCACAGGCACGACGAUCGUGGGCUGCUUGUUCAAGGAUGGAAUCGUUCUCGGCGCCGACACGCGCGCAACAGAGGGCGAGAUCGUUGCGGAUAAGAACUGCGAAAAGAUCCACUACAUCACAGACAACAUCCGAUGCUGCGGUGCGGGGACCGCGGCUGACACUGAAUUUAUCACCGCCCUCAUCUCAUCGAACAUGGAGCUGCAUGCUCUUACCACCGGCAGACAGCCGCGCGUCGUGACUGCCAUGACCAUGCUGAAGCAAAGACUCUUCCGACACCACGGUCAAAUCGGCGCCGCACUUGUCCUUGGAGGUGUAGAUCCCACAGGUCCACAUCUGUUCACGAUCCAUCCGCACGGAUCGACAGACAAACUGCCGUAUGUCACUAUGGGCUCUGGCAGUCUUGCCGCUAUGGCGGUCUUCGAGUCGCAGUGGCGGCCUGACAUGGAGCGAGAAGACGCCCUUGCGCUCGUCACUGCCGCAGUGUCUGCUGGUAUUUUCAAUGAUCUGGGCUCCGGAUCCAACGUUGACGCGUGCGUCAUUACCGCCACGCGUACCGAGACACUACGCAACUUCGUCAAGCCCAACGAGCGUGCCGUCAAGGAGAGGACAUAUGGAUUCCGUCGGGGGACGACCGCAUGGACGGCUGAGAAGGUCAGAAGUCUCAUCGUAUCCGAGGAGGUCACGCCGGUAGGCCAGCCGCAGGCAGAGGCGAUGGACAUCUCGUAGAGUAGGAAAGUGUACAAUGUGGUGUAGUGCGAUGUAUCAUCUUGAAGUCUCUCACUUUGGUCUCUC